AUACGUGCAAAAGAAAAUUAGAGUGAUUUUAAGACGUUGAUCGUUAUUGUUCGCUGCAGUGCUCAUUUUUGUGAUAAAUCACGGUGUUAACAAGUGUUAUGUUAUUUUCGCAUGUGUAGGUGACAAAAGAAAAACUUGCCGUAAGAUUUCUGGAGGAAAAAACUAGUACGUAUACUCUCUCGGAGUAGCAAGUAGUGCGAUUAUUACGUGUAUGUGCCGGCGUCUAGAAUAUACAUUUGUGCUGUCGCGUAAUCGGUGUUUUGAUCAUAACAACGAUUUAUCGUGUCAAAUACAAAGAGCAUUGGCAACGUUUAUGUUUUCUUACUUGUUACUAUUCACGUUAAAACUAGCUAUGCAAGAAAGGGAUAAAUCGGUAACUGGCUGGUGGCAGCCAUUUUCCAGAUGAGUUUUCCCCUUUCUUUCGAUAAGCAAAGUGCGCUAUGCCGUGAAAGAGAAAGAAAGAGGUAGUUAGUUAGAGGAAAAAAAAAAGAGACAGAAACCAAGAAGUAGGAGGAAGGAACUGUGUUUUAUUAUGUUUUACGAGAUGGAUAAACAGGGAUGACUGAUAAUAUUUGGAAUUCUGGUGGUGGCGCUGGCGUCAAGAUGGAGCAUCUUCAGGCCACCCUGGACCCAAGGAAGCAGGAGUUAUUGGAGGCCCGCUUUCUCGGAGCAAGGAUGUCUGCUGGGUCACAAAUUCAGAUGGCACCUCAAUCAACUGUAAACUCUGGUCAGUCAGUUCAUAGUCAAGACUCGAACAUGAGCACUGGCUCAUCACAUAGUGAUAAGGAGGUAGACCCAAAUACUCCAGAAAAGGUACCAAGAACUCCUUCGGAAAGAAAAAGAAAACGUAAAGCUGAUGAUGGAGGUGGAGGAGUUACCGGAGGACCUAUAGGAAGUAAGGGGUCUAGAUCUGUUGCUGCUCUUGAAAAUAAAAAAAUAAAUGAGUAUUUUCCAAAGCACCAUUUGGGUAAUAGUCCCAUUCGGCAUGGGGGUGCUAAAAGUCCCUCACCUCAACAGGGAUAUCCUAUGUAUCCACCAUCGCCUCAACAACUCCUUUCACCGCAAGUAACAACACCCAAUUCUUCAGUGGCAGAAUUUUCUUCACUGAUGCAGCCGCCAAGACCUCAUCCCCAACCUCCACCUCCUCCUCCACCAGCCUCAACACAACCUGCAGGCUCGAUGGUCAGCAAGCAGGUGCAGGUAAGGCCUACCAACCUCAGUAGGACAAGCCAGGUCAGGCAAGCGAAGACUAACACCCCAAAUACAGAACUUACUUGCCAGAGGAUACAAGAAUUUGAAACCCAAGCCUCUUCAGAUUUAGAAUUACGUAACAACAAAAUUGAUGAAUUAAAUAGAACAACUGAUGAACUUAGGCAUCAAAUGGCUAAUCAACAAAAACUAAUUGAACAGCACAAAUCUCAUAUAAAUAAGUGUAUAGACGUUGUAAAGAAGCUACUAAAAGAAAAAUCAAACAUAGAAAAAAAGGAGGCUAGGCAAAAGUGUAUGCAAAACAGACUGAGGUUGGGUCAAUUUGUAACUCAAAGGGUGGGAGCAACAUUUCAAGAAAAUUGGACAGAUGGUUAUGCGUUUCAAGAAUUAGGACGGCGGCAAGAAGAAAUCUCAGCCGAACGAGAUGAAAUUGAUAAACAAAAAAAGCUAUUACUCAAAAAGAGGCCAUCGAACAGUGAAACUGGUAGAAAACGUAGUCAGCCUCAACCUUCUUUGCAUAAUGGCACAGAAGCUACGUUCUUAAAACCAGAUGCAGUACCUGGAUCUUAUACGUGGCAGGAGUAUUAUGAAGCUGAUGAAAUACUCAAGUUAAGACAAAGUGCGUUGAAAAAAGAAGACGCUGAUCUGCAACUAGAAAUGGAAAAACUCGAAAGAGAACGAAACUUGCACAUCAGAGAACUGAAACGUAUUCACAACGAGGACCAAUCGAGAUUUAAUUCUCAUCCUGUAUUGAAUGAACGUUACCUUCUACUAAUGUUAUUAGGGAAAGGUGGCUUCAGUGAAGUGCAUAAGGCAUUUGACUUAAAAGAGCAACGAUAUGUCGCUUGUAAAGUGCAUCAACUGAAUAAAGACUGGAAAGAGGAUAAAAAAGCUAAUUAUAUUAAGCAUGCGUUACGAGAAUACAAUAUACAUAAAGCUCUUGAUCAUCCUCGUGUUGUGAAAUUGUAUGAUGUGUUUGAAAUUGACGCCAAUUCUUUUUGUACUGUCUUGGAAUAUUGUGAUGGCCACGAUUUAGAUUUUUACCUUAAGCAACAUAAGACUAUACCUGAAAGAGAAGCAAGAUCUAUUGUUAUGCAAGUUGUAUCUGCAUUAAAGUACCUCAAUGAAAUAAAACCCCCUGUCAUACAUUAUGAUUUAAAGCCAGGUAAUAUAUUAUUAACUGAAGGUAAUGUUUGUGGAGAAAUAAAGAUUACUGACUUUGGGUUAAGUAAAGUAAUGGAUGAAGAAAAUUAUAAUCCAGACCAUGGAAUGGAUUUAACAUCUCAAGGAGCUGGUACCUAUUGGUAUCUUCCACCAGAGUGUUUUGUUAUUGGUAAAAAUCCUCCAAAAAUAUCAUCUAAAGUUGAUGUUUGGAGUGUAGGAGUUAUAUUUUAUCAAUGUCUAUAUGGCAAAAAGCCUUUUGGACAUAAUCAAUCUCAAGCUACAAUUUUAGAAGAGAAUACAAUUUUGAAAGCUACUGAAGUUCAAUUUGCAAAUAAACCAACUGUUAGCAACGAAGCAAAGAGUUUCAUAAGAAGUUGCCUAGCAUAUAGGAAAGAAGAACGCAUAGAUGUGUUGACAUUAGCUAGACACGAAUAUCUACAACCUCCAGUGCCAAAACAUGGCCGUCAAGCGAAUAAUCAGCAGCAGCAGCAACAGCAACAACAGAUUCAACAACAGCAACAAACCUCAUUUAGUAUUGGCAUGUUUAGUGGUAUGAACGCGUCAAGCAGUUCGUAGUGGAAAAGGACUAAAGACAAAAUCUUCAAUAUACUAAUACAUGCCAAAUCUUGAACAUUGAAUUGCACACCAUCUCAUCUUAGGAACAUAGCGAUUGCUAUAACGAAUUGUAAAUACUAAAAAUCGGAUAAUAUCACCAUCACCAACGCCACGAUUACCACUACCACUACCACUACCGCCAUCACUACCACUUCCACCACACCUUUACAACUAUACUUACAGGCCGACUACAUAGGACAUUGCAAGAGAGAUGCGAGACUGGUCGCCGCAAGUCCAGGAGCUUGCGUCUUUCUACAAUACAAGCUACAUUAUUCAGCAUGACAAAAAUGUUGUGUUCGUAAAUAUUCAAUUGUAUUAUCGUUCCUUGUAUCAAACAGUGGGCUGACUUGAUAAUAGUGUUUAAAAAGUAAUGAGAGAAACAGAUAAACAUGUGAUAAGUCAUUGUGAAUUAAAGUGAAGUUCAAAUUAAGAAGAAAAGAAAACAAAGGAGUAGAGCGACGGAAAUCAUUGCAAGUGAAAAUUACUCGGUGAAUAAAGAGAGCAACGGAAGAUAAAAUAUCCGAGGCAAAGCGCGUCAAAGCAGUGUAGAGGGACUUUGCUUUUACGGAGACGUUCCUCUCUUCUGAAGUUACGUAUGCAUGAAUGAGUGUGACGAAAGAUUGUUAAAACUAGUGUGCGUGUAUAUAUUUAUACUAUAUAUAUAUAUAUACUAAUAAAUCCGAUAUAAUAUAUAUAUAUGGUGUAAAGAACAGGACAGCAUUGACAGUGGAAAGACAACUGUGGUGGAUCCUCGCAUGACCUCCGUGCAGCCAAGUAUUCCAUGAAUAUUUGACUGCACAUCAUGUUACUUUAUUCAAAUAUUAACAUUAUUACUUAUAUCAUGACUAAUAACGAUUAACAUACACACACGAGGAGAUUUGGUUGGUUGUUCCUAUUCUGAAAUGAGUGGGCUUUAUCUACACCGGAUUGAUUGGUCUAAGGUUCGAAUGCAAAGAAAGUAAAAGAAUCGCGAUGCUCCCAAAUAAAAAAGAACAUAUAGAAUCGUAGUCCACGGUUUAUAUGCUCCAUGCACAUGUACAUUUUUAAUCCAUAAUUUUCUAAUAGAAUGACUCAUUUUUUUCAAGAGUGGACUUCGGCGCGAUAAUUAUGAUCUUACAUUUUCGUGAUAUAUAACAAUUCGUAUAAUCAGGCAUUAAAAAGUUUUUAAAGUAAGAUUCAUGAUACUGUACUGACCUGGUUGCUAUUUCUUUAUUCAUAAUUUGUUUUAUAUAUGUACGUUAUAUAUAGAUAAUUAUGAAAUAGAAGAUUAAGUUAUUUUAUCAAGUGCCCUUGCUUUGUAUUAUAGUCGCGUCUGUCGACAACCUGCAGCUUUUGGGAGUACUAGAAAGUUGUUAAAAUGUUGUAAGUUGUUGGUACAAUGUGGGCACGGUAUUGAUGAUUCAAUACCAACGUGAUUGGCAAAGAAUGGUCAGAGGAGAAUACAUUACAAGUCUGAACAGAGUCUACUACUAGAUCCAUCGCUUCUAUUCUAAAAGCCAACCGUUCCUGCU